GUUGGAGUGAAAGGCAGGGGGAGCGGCAGCCAGAGCUAGAGGCCGGGGGGAGGGGGGGGCCUUUGAGAUCCAUCUUCAUCCUACCGUUCCGCCCGUAUUGGUGGAAUGAGCGUUGCGUGUGUUUUGAAGCGAAAAGCAGUGCUCUGGCAGGACUCCUUCAGCCCCCACCUGAAACAGCACAGUCAAGAUACAGCUAAUCCCAACAUGCCUGUUGUUUUGACAUCUGGAACAGGGUCCCAGGCUCAGCAACAGCCAGCUGCAAAUCAAGCCCUUGCAGCAGGGACCCACUCCAGCCCUGUUCCUGGAUCCAUAGGGGUUGCAGGCCGCUCCCAGGACGACGCAAUGGUGGAUUACUUCUUUCAGAGGCAGCAUGGUGAGCAGCUUGGGGGAGGCGGAAGUGGUGGAGGCAGCUAUAAUAACAGCAAACAUCGGUGGCCUACUGGGGAUAACAUUCAUGCUGAACACCAGGUUCGAUCUAUGGAUGAAUUAAAUCAUGAUUUUCAAGCACUUGCUCUGGAAGGAAGGGCUAUGGGAGAGCAGCUUUUGCCAGGGAAAAAAUUCUGGGAGACUGAUGAUUCAAGUAAAGAUGGACCAAAAGGAAUAUUUUUGGGUGAUCAGUGGAGAGACAGCGCUUGGGGAACUUCAGAUCAUUCUGUUUCCCAACCAAUCAUGGUUCAGAGAAGACCUGGUCAGGGUUUUCACGUGAAUAAUGAAAACUCGGUGCUGUCCCCACGAUCAGAAAGCGGUGGACUUGGAGUUAGCAUGGUGGAGUAUGUGUUGAGCUCAUCUCCUGGGGAUUCCUGCCUCCGGAAAGGAGGAUUUGGGCCAAGGGAUGCAGAGAACGAUGACAAUGAUAAAGGUGACAAGAAAAAUAAGGGCACAUUUGAUGGUGAUAAAUUGGGUGAUUUGAAGGAAGAGGGAGACGUGAUGGACAAGUCCAAUGGCUUGCCUGUACAAAAUGGGAUUGAUGCAGACGCAAAAGAUUUUAGCCGGACACCUGGUAACUGCCAGAACUCUGCAAACGACGUGGAUCUUUUAGGGCCAAACCAGAAUGGAUCUGAGGGCUUAGCCCAGCUAGCUAGUACGAAUGGUGCCAAGCCUGUGGAGGAUUUCUCCAACAUGGAGUCCCAGAGUGUUCCACUGGACCCCAUGGAACAUGUUGGCAUGGAGCCGCUUCAGUUUGAUUACUCUGGGACUCAGGUACCUGUGGAUUCAGCUGCAGCAACUGUGGGCUUAUUUGACUACAAUUCUCAACAACAGUUAUUCCAAAGACCGAAUGCGCUUGCUGUUCAGCAACUGACAGCAGCACAGCAACAGCAAUACGCACUGGCAGCCGCCCAUCAGCCACACAUAGGUAUGUUUUCAGCAGGUUUAGCUCCUGCUGCCUUUGUGCCCAACCCGUACAUCAUCAGCGCUGCUCCGCCCGGAACGGAUCCCUAUGCAGCAGGACUUGCAGCAGCUGCGACAUUAGGGCCUGCAGUUGUCCCUCAUCAGUACUAUGGAGUGGCCCCUUGGGGGGUGUAUCCUGCCAGUCUCUUCCAGCAGCAAGCUGCCGCCGCUGCCGCCGCUACAAACUCCUCAAAUCAACAGACCACUCAGCAGACCCAGCAAGGACAGCAACAGAGGAAUGUCUGCAACAACUGGAAGGAUCACAGAGUAGCUCCAACAUGCCAGGUUGCAGAAGCUGACAAAUGGAAUAUAUGUGUUCUCCGCGGAGGAGCCAGUCAGCGCCCUUUGACACCAAAUCAAAACCAACAGGGCCAGCAGACUGAUCCUUUAGUGGCCGCGGCAGCAGUGAAUUCAGCUCUUGCUUUUGGACAAGGGCUGGCAGCAGGGAUGCCAGGCUAUCCAGUGUUGGCUCCUGCAGCUUACUAUGACCAAACAGGUGCCCUUGUGGUGAAUACAGGGGCUAGGAAUGGCCUAGGAGCCCCAGUACGACUGGUAGCCCCUGCUCCUGUCAUCAUCAGUUCCUCAGCAGCACAAGCAGCAGUUGCAGCCGCUGCCGCUUCAGCAAACGGCGCUGCCGGUGGUCUAGCAGGAACGACCAAUGGACCAUUUCGCCCCCUCGGGACUCAGCAGCCCCAGCCCCAGCAGCAGCCCACCAGCAACUUGGCUUCCAGCUCCUUCUAUGGCAACAACUCCCUAACUAGCAAUUCCCAGAGCAGCUCGCUCUUUUCUCAGGGCUCCGCCCAGCCUGCCAACACUUCCCUUGGCUUUGGGAGCAGCAGUUCCCUUGGUGCUACUCUGGGGUCUGCGCUGGGAGGCUUUGGAACAGCAGUUGCAAACUCUAACACAGGUAGCGGCUCUCGCCGAGACUCCCUGACAGGCAGCAGUGACCUGUAUAAGAGAACAUCUAGCAAUUUGACUCCUAUUGGACACAGUUUUUACAACGGCCUUGGAUUUUCCUCUUCUCCGGGACCCGUUGGCAUGCCUUUGCCUAGCCAAGGACCUGGCCAUUCUCAGACUCCACCGCCAUCCUUAUCUUCUCAUGGAUCUUCUUCAAGUUUAAACCUUGGGGGGCUCACAAAUGGAAGUGGCCGUUACAUUUCUGCCGCCCCUGGAGCUGAAGCCAAGUACCGCAGCGCGAGCAGUGCCUCCAGCCUCUUCAGCCCCAGCAGUACUCUCUUCCCUUCCUCACGUUUGCGUUACGGGAUGUCUGACGUCAUGCCCUCCGGUCGCAGCAGGCUGCUCGAAGACUUUCGUAAUAACCGGUACCCGAACCUGCAGCUGAGAGAGAUUGCUGGGCACAUCAUGGAGUUCUCUCAGGAUCAACAUGGGUCCAGGUUUAUCCAACUUAAACUGGAACGUGCCACCCCAGCUGAACGGCAGCUUGUCUUUAAUGAAAUCCUGCAGGCAGCUUAUCAGCUGAUGGUUGAUGUAUUUGGAAACUAUGUAAUCCAAAAGUUCUUUGAGUUUGGCAGCCUGGAACAAAAGCUAGCCCUGGCAGAACGUAUUCGCGGCCAUGUCCUCUCCCUCGCUCUGCAAAUGUACGGCUGCAGAGUUAUACAGAAGGCUCUCGAAUUUAUCCCUCCAGACCAGCAGGUAAUUAAUGAGAUGGUCCGGGAGUUGGAUGGCCACGUGUUGAAGUGUGUGAAAGACCAGAACGGCAAUCACGUGGUGCAGAAGUGCAUCGAAUGUGUGCAGCCCCAAUCACUACAGUUUAUCAUUGAUGCAUUUAAGGGGCAGGUGUUUGCCUUGUCUACCCAUCCGUACGGCUGCCGUGUCAUUCAGAGGAUCCUUGAGCACUGUCUACCUGAGCAGACGCUCCCCAUCCUUGAAGAGCUUCACCAACACACGGAGCAACUUGUGCAGGAUCAAUACGGGAACUAUGUUAUCCAGCAUGUACUUGAACAUGGGCGGCCUGAAGAUAAAAGCAAGAUAGUGGCAGAAAUUAGAGGCAAUGUGCUUGUGCUGAGUCAGCAUAAAUUCGCCAGCAACGUCGUGGAGAAAUGUGUUACGCACGCCUCCCGCACUGAGCGUGCCAUGCUGAUUGAUGAGGUGUGUACUAUGAACGAUGGCCCUCACAGUGCCUUAUACACUAUGAUGAAAGAUCAGUACGCCAACUAUGUGGUACAGAAAAUGAUUGAUGUGGCAGAGCCGGCCCAAAGAAAAAUUGUCAUGCACAAGAUACGGCCACACAUUGCCACUCUGCGCAAAUACACCUAUGGAAAACACAUCUUGGCCAAACUGGAGAAGUAUUACAUGAAAAACGGGGUUGACCUUGGGCCCAUUUGUGGACCACCAAAUGGUAUAAUCUGAAACAAUGAUCUAUGGAAGAGAGCCAGUGACCAUCUGGAAUUUACAACCAGCAGCCAGUUAUAUUCCAAUAUAUGCUUUGAAAAUAUUCAUGGUUGCUCAACGUAGACAUAAGAACUACAAAAAACAAAACAAAAAAAACCGGGGGAAAAAAGGCAAAAAGACCCUUUGUAAAUUUCUUUAAUUUUAUUCUGCAUAACAUGUACUAAUUAUUUUUUUAAAUACUUAAUUGCCCUGCUGUUUCAGUGGUGUAUAGAAUACUUGUACAUAGGCAACAGAUGUACAUGGAAAGCCACAUUUUUGUUCACUGAUGUAACUAUUUCAAAUACGGAAACUUUCAGGGUGGCUAAUCUAAAAUUUAAAAAACCGCAAUUUUUAACUCCUCUACCUUACAGGAGAGCUUUUUUGGAAACACCUGCUUUGUUCUCUUUUAGUCAGAACUCAAAGAGAAGUUUAGAAUUUUAGUUAAAUUGCACAAAUCUGCAUUUAACAAUGUUUAUAAAUUUAAAAACAAAUCAAAUUGCUAAAGCUUCAAUUUAAGAUAAGUUUUUAAGUUUCAGAAACUUUUAAAAUUCCUUUUUCUUAGUAUAACGUGCUAAAUAAAUGAGCUUAAGCAUUCAAAAUUGGGAGAGAACAUACACACCGAGAGAGUUUUUAAAGUAGAUGAAGGGUGUGUGGUUACUGCCUACUCCAGUUUCUUCUGUUAACACGGAGGCAAUUUUUUUUAAUUAUUAUUUAGCAUGUAGAGAAAAUAAAAUCCAACUCAACUUUGGUCUUGCUUCUAUAAAUAUAUAGUGUAUACUUGGUGUAGACUUUGCAUAUAUAAAAAUUUGUAGUAUUUUCUUGUUUUGAUGUCUAAUCUGUAUCUAUAAUGUACCCUAGUAGUGGAACAUACUUUUGAUUGUACAAUUGUACAUUUGUAAACCUCUGUAAUGUAAAUGUGGAGAAGUUUGAAUCAACAUAAACCCAUUUUUGGUAAGAAAAUAAAUUAGCAAACCCUGUGCAUUUCAGUGUAUAUUCACCCCUUUUAUGGUCGUAGCAUAUAGUGUUGUAUAUUGUAAAUUGUAAUUUCAACCAGAAGUAAAUUUUUUUUCUUUUGAAGGAAAUGUUCUCUUUAUACAGCCUGGUUAAUGUUUAAAAGAAAUGCUUGGUUUUUUUGGUUUCUUUUUUAUUUGUCACCUAGUCGAGAGAGUAGAGAAUCCUUUCUAAAUGUUCUACACAAAUGAUUCAGUUCAAAAAUAGUGUUUAUUUGACUCUUUAAACAAUAAAAGUAAUGUUUUACUUAUUUUGUGGCAGUAAAAGAAGUGCAGAAAAGUACAACUCCCCUUAGUAUUCCUUUACAAUCAGAGUUCCCUUUCACCUUGUAAAGUGUGAAUCACUUUGCCUUUUUGUACAGAAGAUAAACUGUAUUUUGCAUUUUGUCUACUUGUAAGUGAAUGUAACAUACUGUCAAUUUUCCUUGUUUGAAUAUAGAAUUGUAACACUACACGGUGUACAUUUACAGAGCCUUGUGUAUAUUUCCAAUGAACCUUUUUGCAAGCACACUUGUAACCAUAUGUGUAUAAUUAACAAACCUGUGUAUGCUUAUGCCUGGGCAACUAUUUUUUGUAACUCUUGUGUAGAUUGUCUCUAAACAAUGUGUGAUCUUUAUUUUGAAAAAUACAGAACUUUGGAAUCUG